AUGAACAAUGGGCCAGAUUUAGGAGGUGCCGCCCGCACGUCUCUUCCUCCCCAGUUCAAAGAAGAGAUUUCCCGGCGGUUCAAAGCCAAGCAGGAUCAGCUGGUUCUGAUCUUUGCAGGGAAGAUCCUGAAGGACGGGGACACUUUGCAUCAGCACGGGAUCAAAGACGGGCUCACGGUGCACCUGGUGAUCAAAACCCCCCAGAAGUUGCAAGACCCUUCGGCCUUGGCCGCGGCUGCCUCGCCCGCUCCUGCUCCUGUGCCCAGCCCGGCUGCGGACGGGCCGCCCGGUGGGGCCACCUCUAUUUUGUCCGGCUUCGGCGGCAUCGUGGGUCUGGGCCGCCUGGGGAUGGGCUCGGCCAACUUCAUGGAGCUCCAGCAACAGAUGCAGCGCCAGCUGAUGUCCAACCCGGAGAUGCUCUCCCAGAUCAUGGAGAACCCGCUGGUCCAGAACAUGAUGGCCAGCCCGGACUUCAUGCGCCAGAUGAUGGUGGCCAACCCGCAAAUGCAGCAGCUGAUGGAGCGCAACCCGGAAAUCAGCCACAUCCUCAACAACCCGGAGCUCAUGCGCCAGACGAUGGAGUUGGCGCGCAACCCGGCCAUGAUGCAGGAGAUGAUGCGCAACCAGGACCGAGCGCUGAGCAACCUGGAGAGCAUCCCCGGAGGGUACAAUGCCUUGCGCCGCAUGUACACGGACAUCCAGGAGCCCAUGUUGAGCGCAGCCCGGGAGCAGUUUGGGAACAACCCUUUCUCGUCCCUGGCCGGGGGUUCGGACCACCAGAACUCGCAGCCGCUGCGGACGGAGAAUCGAGAGCCUUUGCCGAACCCCUGGAGCCCCACCCUGGCUUCUUCUCAGACUCAGGGAGCGGCCAGCGAAGGAAGCAGCGGGUCCGUCGGGAGCCAGAGCACCCCCACGGUGUCCAACCCCUUAGGGAUCAAUGCCGCCAACUUAGGGACAGGAACGUUUAGUAGUCCCGAGAUGCAGAAUCUCCUGCAGCAGAUCUCCGAAAACCCCCAGCUCAUGCAGAACGUGAUCUCGGCUCCUUACAUGAGAACGAUGCUGCAGGUGCUGGCCCAGAACCCGGAUAUUGCAGCACAAAUGAUGGUGAAUGUUCCCCUCUUUGCCGGCAACCCUUCGCUUCAGGAGCAGCUGCGACUCCAGCUGCCCGCCUUCCUGCAGCAGAUGCAGAACCCCGACUCUCUGUCUGUCCUGACCAAUCCUCGUGCCAUGCAGGCCCUCCUCCAAAUCCAGCAAGGGCUCCAGACGCUGCAGACGGAGGCCCCCGGAUUGGUGCCCAGAUUCGUGGCUGGCUCUUAUCCAGAAGGUCAGACGCCGGGCCUCAAGGAUCAAGAGGAAUCAUUUUUUGGCCCUCCCUUAAAAAAAGAAAAGCUGAUUAACCAGAACAGUCAAGAGAUCAUCAGCCCGCCUGCUCCGAUGCCCGCCUCUCCCUCCCCCGCCGGAGACAGCCUCCCCCACCAUCAGCUCAUGCAGCACAUGAUCCAGCUCCUGGGCGGUGGCAACUCUCAAGCGCAGACCCCGGAAGUGCGGUUCCAGCAUCAGCUGGAGCAGCUGAACGCCAUGGGCUUCAUCAACCGCGAGGCCAACCUCCAGGCCCUCAUCGCCACGGGGGGAGACGUCAACGCGGCCAUCGAAAGACUGCUGGGCUCCCAGCCUUCCUAAUGCUGCAUUUCUCUCCCACCCACCCCGAUAAUACACCCCUCCAGUCUGUUACAGCAGGCAGAUCGUGAGGACUCUGGCCUUCUCUGAUCCACCGAGCUCCACCGGUUGAUUCAGCCGUGGAACCGGAAGAUGCUUGAACAGGGCACUGCCCGUCUGGACAUCUCCUCCUCCCUUCCUGGGGGGGGGGGAAACCUGCAUCGCGCAUGGGUUCGGAUUCCCAGUUUUUGAGACCACGUGCUUCUUCUCCCGGCCACACCGCUCCCCCCUGUCUCCCUGACCCCCCCCUCCCCAAAAUUAGGAAGCUUCUCUAGUUAUUAGAAGCAGAACUUUUGGGUUAGCCCAAAAUAUUGUGUUGACUUAGGUGGCCUUCCGCCCCGAUCCCCUUGCCCACUCCUUCCUCCCGGUCAGCCAGGAAGUGACCCUGUCUUCCCACUGCCUAAAGGUGUGUCUUACUUUGAACAGCAUGGAAAGGAUAUGAUUUAUUUUUAUUUUAUUUUAUUUUAAAUGCUAGUAGAUGCAGAGAGGGACCUUCUUCCUCCCCCCAGGGGGUUCUGGCGCUCUCCUUGCUACAGCGGCUUCCCGCCUGGGCUCUUGCAGCCUCCCCUGCUUGGCUUUCCCGGUGCGGAGCAGCGGCCUUCUCAAGAAACGGAGCUGAGCACCUCGAGGCCACCCGAGCAGGCAUUUAAAGGGGGGCCGAGUAGUCCGGAUGUAGACACGGGGGUUUGGAAUCGUGUGUUCUUUUCUCCCUAAGAAGUCUCUUUUCGAAUGCAAUGGACCUGAAAAGUGGCCCAUAAUAUUUCCCCCUGGUCCUACCCUCUGCCAGCACACACACAUACACACACAAAAUACGUUGGUCAAGUUCUGGACUUUGCUUUUCUAACCAAAAACACGCUCCUCCUGCACCCGAAAAGAGAACGGGGCCACGAGGAGUCCCCCUUCCACCUUCCCGGGAAGAUUAUCCCCACUCCGUUCUCUCCCCUCCCCUCCCGCCCACUCCUCUGAACUUUUCCCGGUUCGGUUCGGGAGAUUGCCGAUUCCACACACACACACACCCGGACAAGCUGCAGGGUGAUCCGGCCACACUGACCACGCUGCAGGAUUUAAAAAAUCUGGUUUUCCAUCCAGGAAUAAAGUGCCCGAAAUAACCCAUC